AUGUCUUUCCAUCCUUCCGAUUCCACCACCCCAAACGUCUUCUACUCCCGCUCCCUCCAUGCCUUUCGAAGCUGCGUACAAUGCUCCUCCUCAGCACCGGCUUGCCCGACCUGCGACGAUGGGUACACCUGUACGAUGAUCAGUCAGUCUUGCACCCAGUGUGCGACCACCAAAUGUGUUAAGGCCGCUACCAGCGGGGACUCGGGGUCUUCGAGCAACAACUCGGGCGGUGGCGGUGGUACAGAUGCCGGGGCCAUCGCCGGGGGUGUGGUUGGCGGUGUUGCCUUUAUUGCCAUAGUCACCUUCUUGGUGUGGUGGUUCUUCAUUCGGAAGAAGCGCAAGGAGCAGCAAGCAUCCGAAGCCGAAAAGUCCAGCGUAGCUGCCGACACGACUCGACAAUCCAGAAAGUCCACCAACUCGAUCGCUUCGACCGUUCUUACUCGCGCUUCGAAUGUGAUUCAGAUCGCCUACAUCCCUGGGGUGACCAAUCGUUCGCCGCGCGAGACGCCCGGCAGUCUGGUGCCUCCCGUUCCACCGCUCCCUGGUGCCCACCCCGAUCAACACUUCUUCAUGCCCGGUGAUCUUCGUGAUUCUACCUGGUCCGACAUGUCGAACGAGCGUCGCAGUAUUGCCCCCAGUCUACGCAGCAGUGUUGCCACCACCAUUUACCGCAACAACGCCAUUGUCAGCCCGAUGCCCGCGCAGCAAGUGAUGCGCACGCGUGCAGCCGUGGUCAACAUCAAUGGCACCAGCGCGGAUGCACCAGCCGUGCCGGCGAUCACGCAAGCCCAGCUGGCCAAAGCCAAUCUCUCUGCAGCCGCCACCAACAGCUCCAUCGUGGCUCGGACAGUGACUGCCAAGCCCGUCAUGGUCCGCGGUUCGUCCAAGAAGAAGAAGGAAGCCACCACCACUCCAUCCGGCGUCCCAACCAUUGCGGAGAAGUCCGAAUCGACCAGUUCCAACGUAUCUCGGUCCGCGAGCACCAAGCAAACAGACACCACCCCUACUUCCGGGUUCGAUGCCAGUUCGUCCGAUGAGGAAGACACCAAGCGUUCUAGCCAAGCCCGUCGUGUCAGUGCUACCGAGGCCGCCAAAACCGACACGCAGUCGCGUCCAGCCACGGUGAUCGAAGAUUCACCCGCCGUCAGCCAGAGCCCGUUCCAAGAUCAACCCGGGGCCGAAGCCGGUGCUCGGACCUCCUCACUGCUCGAGACCCCAGAAGGGAUACGCUCGAAUCGAAGCAGCCGACACAUUCCGCCACGGGUAGAGAGUCCAUUCUCGGAUGCGAAUGAGGUGAAAUAA